AUGCAAUUGAUAUCAUGUCAAACAUCACCGGAGUGUCAAAGAGAGGCCAAGAAAAUAGACAUAAUUAUUGAAGACAUGUAUUUGUUUGGUUCGGCUCAACGCCUGUUCCCCACAAGUAAUCGCGAGAUGAAGACAUUUUGCAAAGAUAAUGUUGAAUAUCACAAUCAAGUCAAGAAUUAUUCGGACAAAUGUUUGGCAACUCUAAGCAAACGAUUGAUUAGUUUAAUGAUGUAUUCAAUAUCGCGAAACAAUGUUAACACUUGUAAAUCAAAGCGCCGGUCGCAGGAAUUUUUCAGUAAUGGUAAGUGUGGUAAUACAGCUCAGACAGACAAUAGGAAGUGCUGGCAUCGGUGGUUACAUGAAUUGGAUGGCAUCAAGACUAUGAAUGACUACAAACUCAAAAUACCGCUGUCGUGUUGCACUUUUUACAAAAUGAGAUCAUGUUUUCAGCGGACAUACGAACAAAAGCAAAAGGAUUGCUCCAAGAAGUCAGCGGACAGUCUCGAGAAACUGCUCGACGUUUACGCCACCGAAACCCUGUCCUUCUUGUGUGGCGACUAUAGWGAUGAUAGCGAUAAAUGUGACAAAAUUGUGCCACAAAUACCUAAGACUACGACAAGUGAUAAAACUAAUUCACCGAUAACUAUAUUAAUCAAUAUAUUAAACAGUAUACCUGACGGCGCUUAUUAG